AUGUCAAAACAAAAACCAUUAGAUAUUUAUUAUUUGAAAGCAUUAUGGAUAGAUAUUUGUAUUAAUUAUUUUUAAUUUUUAAUUUAAUGUAAGUUGUAUAAGAAUGUAUAUUUACCUGAUCAUAUUAUAGUUCUCAAGAGGUGCGAUAUUUUUGGAUAGGGAGUUAAUUUUAAUUAUAAAAAAGAAGAUACAUACAAGACAGGAUUUGGAGGAUUUGCAUCUUUAGUGAUAAUUGUUGUUUUGGUUGUCUUUUUUCAAUCAAAUGUUAUCACUUUUUUUGCAAAAACCCAAAUUUUUGUUGCCUAAACUACAGAUUUCCAAGAAGACCCCGACCUAAUUGAACUAAAUGAUGACAAUUUUAUGAUUGCUUUUCAAAUUGAGCAGACAAACUUUACAACAAGUCCUUACUUUAACAUUACAGUGUUACAGCAGUAAUGAACUUAAUUUAGAUAGGAAUUCUACACGAUUGGAUAAUGGAACAGUGAUAAAACUAGCUCAAGAGGUCAACUUAAUUCCUUGUACACUAGACAGAUUCCAAAAGGUUUUUACAAAAUACAAUGUUGAUUUCAAAACACAAUUUGACUAAGUAGGACUAAAGAAUUUCCUAUGUCCAGAUUAUAACUAUUCAUUAAAAUUAGCUGGAAGGUACGCAAGUCAUGAAUUCGACUAUAUAAAAAUAAUCGUGACAGAUUGCAAUAAUAAUACUAGUCAAAAUUCUCGAUUAACUUGGAAGCCUACUUGUCAAUCCAAAGAGGCAAUUUCAAGUUUUUUAUCAAAGAAUUCAGCAUUUAAGGUUUCCCUUUACAUGACAAACCUAGUAAUGAAUCCUACAAAUCCAUAAGAUUACGCAACAGCAUUUUUGGAUGACGAAUUAUAUUUUACUUUUGUAUAAGAUUAAGUUUAUGCUAGACCCCUAAAUAACUAUCUAGAUAAGCUAACAUAUUUUGGAGGAAAUACAAUUUUUAAACAGAUGACAGUUUGACGCCAUUUAAAGGAAUUGUCAACGAAACUUAUAAUGUUCGAUCAGCUACAGAUUAUAGAGAUCUAACAUUGUUGGGAACAGCAGUAGAUAGCACAUAUGCUCAAUUUUAUAUGAGAAGGAGUACAUAUUCGGAAAAUAUUAAGAGAAAUUAUUAAAAAGUAGAUGAUUUAAUGUCUUAUUUGGGAGGAUUCUUAUAGAUAAUGAUAGUAUUCUUUGGAUUCUUUAUUUAGGUUUAUAACAAAUAAUCCUGUAACUCAUUUUAUUUUAUAAUUUAGAAUUAGUUGAUUUAUCAAAUGAAUUGUUUGAUUUUGAUAUAGAUGAUGGUUCAUAAUCUAAAUUAAAUAGAAAUGAUUUAAUAUCGAAUGCUGAUGAUUUCGACUUUCAAGCCUAAGCCUAAGACUCAAAUCAAUAACAAUCAAUGAUGAGUUUGGGACAAGUACAGCAAAGCGUCAGAUUAGAUAAAGAUUAAGCAAAUAUGAAUAAAUCACAAAAAUCCAUAAAGAAUCCAUCCAAAGGAGUUUCGAUUAAAUAAUUAAACUCAGUUCAAGAAAUUAUUCCUUUAUCUUAAUUAUCUAUUAAUAAUAUUAAAUUGUUGGAGAAGCAUUAGACUUCGUUGGACAAAAUUGGAAGUAAAAAUGGAAGAUAAUACUUUUUCGAAUAGAUUUAAAAAAUCUUUGCUAAAACUAGAAAGCUGGAAUUUACUUUUAAGUUCUUUUUCUAAAAGAUAUUUUGUGAAAGAAUGAUGAAAAAUCCUUAAGUUCUAUUAUUGAAUAAAGCUGUGUACAUAAUUUAAUUUAUUUUAGAAACCAAAUUAAUGCAGAAUUGGAUGUGUUUGGUAUUCUUGAUAAAUUACAUGAAAUAGAUAAAUUAAAAGAAUUGUUAUUAAAGAAACCUCAAUAAAUCAUCUUUAAUUUUACUCCAAAACCGUUGAUUACCUUGCAAGAAUCAAAAUCCAUGCCUUCAAGACAACGGGCUUAAACUCUGAAAUCAUCAAAGCAUUCGAGGUAAUCAUUAAAUUAAUUUGAGAUCUAUGAAUAACAUUAAUAAGGUAGAAUCUUCAAUGAAAAUCUAAUUGGAUUAGGUGAGCAAAUAAGUAAUAGAAAACAAGGAGAAUUUUCUUGAUCCUGAUUCUCCUUAGUAUCUAUAUUCUAAGUUGUUUAAAGUAUAGUAUUUAUUCUAUAAGGCAUAUGAAAGACUGAUGGCUUUAAUUGAAAAUUAAGAUGAAGAUGCCUAUCUAAACAAUCAAUUAAUCAAAAAGUUGGGACCUUAAAUCUAGAACAUUUUUGAAGUUUCGUGGCUUUUAAUCUAACAAACUAAAACUUCUAAAGAGAUUGAUGUAACAGAUCGAGCUAAAAGGCUCAUAUCCACAAAAUUUAGCAAAUUUAAAAAUCAAGUUUAAUAAGAUAAAGAAUCAGAUGGUGAAGUAGAUCUUCAGGAUAUUGAAAUGCAAUUAAGUCCAAAGACAUCUUAAAAUUAGAGCAUCUUGAAAAGAGUUAUCGGAAAAAGAAAUUCCAAUGAAUUUUGA